ACCUACACAUCACCUGGACCGGCCUCUCUCGGUUCACUGUCCCGGUGCUGUGUGAUUUACCGGUCCGUGAAGCGGCUCCACAUCCGGUCGUGUCUCAGUCCACUUCCUCCGAAAACAACAGCACGUGUGCGGGGAAUGAAUGGGCGUCUGUCAGCGGGCUCCACGCGCACAUCCAGCGGCUUUAAAAAGGCUGAUUUGACCGUUAACAGACCGCAGCCGGUGUCCGUUUGAAACCCCGAAGCCAACGGACGGACAGCCCUCGCGCAGAGUGCUCACCAUGAGUUUUGUGGAGUACUCCGAUUUCAUUCAGGACGGGGACGUAGCCAUCAUCUACCUGGGCCACGACUCCAUGAUGCCAGUCAAGGUGCAGAAGGGCGCCCAGACGCAGACGCGUUACGGAGUCAUCCGCCACUCCACGGACCUGAUCGGUCAGCGUUACGGGUCGAAGGUCACCUGCAGCAAAGGCGGGUGGGUCCACGUGCUGCACCCCACGCCCGAGCUGUGGACCGUCACCCUGCCACACCGCACACAGAUCCUCUACACCACCGACAUCGCCACCAUCACCAUGAUGCUGGAGCUCAAGCCGGGAUCGGUCGUCUGCGAGUCAGGGACAGGUAGCGGCUCCCUCUCCCACGCCAUCCUGCGUACAAUCGCCCCCACGGGUCACCUGCACACGGUGGAGUUCCACCAGCAGCGGGCGGAGAAGGCGGCCGAGGAGUUCAAGGAGCACCGGGUGGAUCAUCUGGUCACCGUCAGGAACCAGGACGUGUGCAAGGACGGGUUCGGAGUGACCGGGGUGGCGGACGCCGUCUUCCUCGACAUCCCGAGCCCCUGGGAGGCGGUGAGGCACGCCAAGGCCGCUAUGAAGAAGCAAGGAGGUCGGGUGUGUUCGUUCUCUCCGUGCAUCGAGCAGGUUCAGAGGACGUGUGAGGCUCUGGCCGAUCAGGGCUUCGAGGAGAUCAGCACCGUGGAGGUCCUGCUGAGAGUCCACGACGUGCGGAACGUCUCCCUGCCGCUGCCUGACUUCGGCCCCGACCCCUCGUCUCAGACGGAGUCCGACGCAGCAGCAGCAGAGAAAGCGCCUCCGAACCACGCCUCCGUCACCAUAAAGACCACCACCCCGCCCAGAGAAAUACCCGGUCACACAGGGUACCUCACCUUCGCCACCAAACCGAGAACCUAAAGCUCAGAGUGAUUUUCAGUAAACGGAGCCUGACUGAUAAUCCAGCCGGGAUACCAGGCUCGCCCAGGUCCGGUUGGCACUGAGAGGAUUUAGUCCUGUGUUACAUAAUUUGGAGUUUUUGUUGCUUGCAUCAAGCAAGAGUGAAAAUCGAGUCGACUGAUUUAAUUUGAGAUUUUCAUCAUAGCUGAUCACGUGCCUCCCCUUUUUAUGAACAUCAGUUUUAAUCAGUUUCAUUUGUCGGGGAAGAAAAUUUUAUUUUUUUCCCUUUUUUUUUGCACUUUUGUAUUCAAAUAAAUCCAACAAAUGUGUGAAAA